AUGAGUCAAGUGAUUGAUCUGUGCUGUAGUAGUAGUGAUGAGGAGGAUGACGACACUGCCCCCCAAGAAGAGGUCGAUGAUCAGGAUGAUGAUUCAUCAGACGAUGAAGUCGAAUUCGUCGGCAGCAGCACCCAAGUGGUAGCUUCCAAGCCCAAUAACACUUUUGUGAGCCCAGACGACACGCCUGAAAAGAACGAAACGACACAACAGAACAGUAAUCCAUCUAGUGCCAGAAGAACUCUUUUUGGCAGAAACGACACACGGAACAGAAAUAAGACUGCCUACGCUUUGGAUUCUGACAGUUCGUCGGACGAUGAUGAGCUUCUGAACUACAACGUUCUCAACUUUCGGUCCAAGAAAACUUCCGCUGCAUCUUCGUCAUCACUGAAGGAAAAAGCAAAAACGUCAACCUUCAAGCCAAGCCCAUUGAUUGCAGCUCGCAAGGAAAACAAUGCCGUUUUGUCUCCACCCUCCAACCCUGAACUGAAACGAACGAGAUUGCAUUCUCCUAUUACAGUACAAGAGCCGAUGAAGCCUGCCGCAGCACCCGUUGCAAAGAUUGUAAAUCCAUACUCGAAACAGGGAAGAAAAAAAAUUCCACCUAGAAAUGAGUUAGCUUCCCUGACCAGCAAAUCGACUGCUUCGCAAUACUACCCGCAAAUGGCACAAUCCUCACUAUACGACGAUUUGCGGCCACGAUACCUCUUGACUUUUUGGAAGUUUGCUCAGACAUUGCAGGACGCUUCUUACAAUCUUGUCAAAUUAGAUCAGUACUCGAAACGAGUGAACGCGUUGGCGCUGUCCCGUUUCCCGUUUCGGUCGUUUGAGGAAUAUUGCAUUCGGUUCGCCAACACUUCAGAUACGAGUGGAAUUCAAGAUGCCCUUCGAAUAGGCAAUAUUAACAACUUUGCCUCAUUAUUAAAGCAAUGUAAUAAUGGGAAUGGCAGGUACUUUUCCAUCUCAGAAGCAUGUUUGGUCGCCCUUCUGGAACAUGUCGAAUCCGAGACUACACGAAACGACACUUUGAAGCUACGGGACAUGGACGAGAUUGUCCUAGUCGACUUUUUGCAACGCAAGGAAUCUUGGCUGCUCCUUUCCGAACUAAUACCGAUGAUCGACUCCCGCCUCAAUCCAGUUUGUCCAGGACGGCUGACAAGAUUUCAUGACGGGGACAAUGGCGCUGCUUUUUACACUGAAAAGUCAACACGUUCCACCGAAUACAAGCAAAUUGAGAAACUUCAGACCAAGCCACGGGGUGAAGACUCAUCCUACAUCAAGUUACAUCGACACAAAGGUAGGGUGUGCUACGAACUUACCAAGAUGGGUUAUGAAACGGCACUUUGGAUCCGAAAUCGCCAGUUCCCUGAAGGAAAGGGACAUUACCGAACGAGUAAUCUAGUACAAGUAGACCCACGAUUCGAUGGCAUAUCCUUGGCGGUAGACAACCGUGAAGGUGGUGGACCAAAGAAAAAAUUGCACUACAUGUGCAACAAGCUCGAUACCUUGAAAAUACCAUACUUUGUACACCCAUUGAGUAUCGGAGACUACUGUUUUUUUGCGGGCGACAAGUUGCUUCCAAUCUUGAUCGAGCGAAAGUCGAUUCAAGAUGUGGCCCAUUCCAUUUACGACAAGAGGUGGGUGAAUCAGAAGAAACGAAUGUACCAUGGACAGUAUGUCUUUGGUCAUCAGAACUGUCGUAUGGCCUACAUCAUUGAAGGUAGGAAAGAAAGUCAGCAACUUUCGGGAGGAUAUGUCGGACAGCUACAGCACAAUGUCAGCAGCGAACAGUUCGAUAAGGAAAUUGAAAAUCUACAGUCCGAAGGGUUCGAUGUACUACAUACACAGUCCCCAGAUCAUUCCAUGGUCGAGCUUUCCAGAUGGGCCGCAAAAGUUCUCCAAGACUACCGGAGUAACAAGAUGAAAACCGAAUUUACACUUGAAGAGUUUCAACGGGAAGUCAAAAAGAUUCCAAAAGGCGUAAACUUUUCAAAAAUUGCGAGGGAUUGGGCAGAAUCCAAACCAUCUUUGGAGGAGAAAGUUACGGACACUGUUGACUUGACUGUAGCCAGCAAUAAGGAAUCCAAGCAAUUGAAGCUUGCAUUCGAAAAACCAACGAAAGCGCACAACGAAUACACUGGCUGGAAGGUUUCGGAGUUGCAGCAGGAAUGUGUCAAGUUUGGAUUGUCAAAAACAGGCAAAAAAGCUGAUUUGAUCGAUCGAUUGAAUGGUCCUCGUCCACCGAGUGUUCUACUUGAACGCAAAGCAAAGGGCUGCUAUGUUCCAUCACGGUAUAAUACUUGUGCAACAGCACUACUAGUAGCAUUAUAUUUGGAACAGGAGAAAAAUGGACCAGAUUGGAAAGGGAUGACAAAGGACGAACUCUACGCACUGACAGAAGCAUUGGAUAUAUCAAAGGAUCCUUUCAGCGGAGUCCAAACUGGGCAAUACAAAUACGAUGGAUGGAGUUCCAUGUCGGACUUGAGAGGCGGCGAGUUUCCUUUGGUUCUUCUUCAACGAGGGCACUUCAGGCUUACGACGGGCACCGAUAUUUCCGGCUACCCUCUCGCCAAGGCACUCCACAAGUGGUGCUUAGAGCAUGGGAAAUGUACCUGUCAAACCCUUGGGUACCAUCCUAGCGAUUGA